UCUGAUCACCUCCAAGAAUGGAGGAAGCGAGGGAGACGGCGGGGUCCGAGGCCGGGGGCCGCCUCCUCCGCAAGGUCGGCCCCCGCAUCUCUACCAAAGGACAGCUAGCUGGAAGCUCCAGCUGACCACAGAGCCACUGCCACUGGUCUCUCUGCCAGAGCUGAGCCCGGACUCCAGCGGGACUAGGAGGGACCUAGGACGCACAUUCCCGCGGUGGGCGACCGAAGGGAGGGCAGGGAUACAGGGGCGGAGCCGCUGUCUCGGGAUAAGGAGCAUUCCUUUGCAGGUGUUCUCGAGACCUCAGAGACGCAGGCUCAGAGGCUGACAGCCCCGGGAGGGGACAGCCUGCUUCGCUCAGGUCGGUGGGGUCUCUGCAGGUGUCCGGGCUCCGGUGCGGUACCCAGCGAUGCACCGCCGGAGACUGGCACUCGGCCUGGGGUUCUGCCUGUUGGUGGGCACAAGCCUCAGUGUCCUGUGGGUGUAUAUUGAGAACUGGCUGCCGGUCUCCUAUGUCCCCUACUACCUCCCCUGCCCAGAGAUCUUGACACAGUAUCCUCAGCCCAAGCUGCUGGAGCACAGGCCCACAGAGCUGCUGACACUCACACCCUGGUUGGCACCCAUCGUGUCUGAGGGAACCUUCAACCCAGAGCUCCUGCAGCACAUCUACCAGCCCUUGAACCUGACCAUUGGGGUCACGGUGUUUGCCGUGGGGAAGUACACCCACUUCGUCCAGCUCUUCUUGGAGUCCGCCGAGGAGUUCUUCAUGCGCGGGUACCGGGUGUGUUUCUACAUUUUCACUGAUGACCCUACAGCCAUCCCCAGGGUCCCGCUGGGCCCCGGCCGGCAUCUCAGCGUCAUUCCCAUCCAAGGUCACUCCCACUGGGAGGAGAUCUCCAUGCGCCGGAUGGAGACCAUCAGUCAGCACAUUGCCAGGAGGGCACACCGGGAGGUGGACUAUCUCUUCUGCCUCGAUGUGGACAUGGUGUUCCGGAACCCAUGGGGCCCUGAGACCCUGGGGGACCUGGUGGCUGCCAUUCACCCAGGCUACUACGCUGUACCCCGCCUGCAGUUCCCCUAUGAACGCAGGCAUGUUUCCGCUGCUUUUGUGGCAGACAGUGAAGGGGACUUCUAUUAUGGCGGGGCGGUCUUUGGCGGGCAGGUGGCCAAGGUAUAUGAGUUUACCAGGGCCUGCCACAUGGCCAUCCUGGCAGACAAAGCCAAUGGCAUCAUGGCAGCCUGGCAGGAGGAGAGUCACCUGAACCGCCGCUUUAUCUCACACAAGCCGUCCAAGGUGCUGUCCCCUGAGUACCUCUGGGAUGACAGGAAGCCCCAGCCGCCCAGCCUGAAGCUGAUCCGCUUCUCUACACUAGACAAGGACACCAGCUGGCUGAAGAGCUGACAGCGGAACCAGGGCCGCCAUGGAUGGGGACCCAAAGUCCUGCCACCACGUACCAGGCCUUACCCGGAGACCAGCCCUGUCCUGCCUACCUCUGUCUGUCGGGUGAAUCCAACCAGAAAAUUAGGUGUGGGAAGGCCAUUGUGGACAGCAGAGGGCUGUGCACAUUAGAACGCA